AUGUCGAACGACCUCGGCAUUAUCGGCCUCGGCGUCAUGGGUGCGAACCUUGCCCUGAACAUCGCCGAGAAGCAUUUCAAGGUCGCCGUGUACAAUCGCACCUGCAGCAAGACGCAUGAUUUCCUCAAGGAACAUGAGCACGAAACAUUUGCCUCCAACUUGCAGGGGUACGAGACGAUGAAGGAGUUCGCCGCGUCCCUCAAGAAACCGCGCCGCGCGUUCAUUCUCGUACAGGCUGGUGCAGCGACAGACUCCACGAUCGAGCAGCUCAAGGUGGUGUUCGAGAAUGGCGACAUCAUCAUCGACACUGGUAAUGCGAAUUUCAAGGACCAGAGCAGGCGCGCAGCGCAGCUGGAGAGUCAGGGUCUCCGCUUUCUUGGCAUGGGCAUCUCCGGUGGUGAAGAGGGCGCGCGCAAAGGUCCGGCCUUCUUUCCUGGUGGGACCCCAAGCGUGUGGGAGGAGGUCCGCCCGAUCGUGGAGGCAGCCUCGGCCAAGGCUGAGGAUGGUCGCCCGUGUGUGACGUUUAACGGCAAGGGCGGCGCUGGUUCCUGCGUGAAGAUGUAUCACAACGCUGGCGAGUACGCUAUUCUGCAGAUCUGGGGCGAGGCGUACAGCGCUCUGCAGGCGCUUGGCUUCAACAACGAUCAGGUCGCCGACGUGUUCGAGUCGUGGAAGGCAGGUGGCUUCCUGAAAUCCUACAUGCUCGACAUCUCCAUCGCCGCAUGCCGCGCGAAGGAGCCGGCGGGCAACUACUUGUCAGAGAAGGUGAAGGAUUGCAUUGGCUCCAAGGGUACCGGCCUGUGGUCCGCCCAGGAGGCCCUGGAGGUGGGCGUGCCGGCACCCUCUCUCAACAUGGCCGUCAUCUCGCGUCAGAUGACAAUGUGCAAGGAUGAACGUGCCGAAAACUUCAAGGCGUUCCCUACAUUCCCGUGCAGCGUGCGUGAGCAAGUCAAGGACAAGUCUCCCAAUGCCCCCGAAGUGAAGCAGCUCUACCACGCCGUCAGCCUUUCCAUCAUCGCAAGCUACGCACAGAUGUUCCAGUGCCUACGCGAGCUGGACAAGGUGCACGGCUUUGGCUUGAACCUGCCCGCCACCAUUGCUACCUUCCGCGCGGGCUGCAUUCUGCAGGGCUAUCUGCUGAUACCCAUGACGAAGGCCUUCGAGGAGAAUCCGAAUCUUCCCAACCUUAUGGACGCCUUCACCAAGGAGAUGAAGGAGGGUCUUCCGGCCUAUCGACAGAUUGUUGCCAUGCUCACAGCGAGCACGGCUGUAUCGUUACCGGUGAUGACUGCCUCCCUGGCGUACAUCAACGCCAUGUACACGCUGAUUCUUCCGUACGGACAGCUGGUGUCCCUGCAGCGUGACGUCUUUGGCCGUCACGGCUACGAACGUGUUGACAAGGAGGGGCGUGAGUCGUUUACAUGGCCCGCGAUGCAGUAG